AUGAAGCCUCCUAAGGGACUUUUCGUUGCCCCGGCGAGUUUUGGUAUUCUGGCGACUCUCCUCUCCGUAGCUCUGGCCAGGAUGCCCGAGGCGUGCCCUGGUUUUUGUAUCUGCGACAUGUGGUUGAAACUUCGUAGAGCUGCUUGUGUCAAUAAGAACUUGUACAGCGUGCAGACUGGACUUCCGGCUAUCGUGCAGGCAUUGGAUUUAUCGAACAAUUCAGUGUCGUCUCUUGGAAACUUCGAGCUGGCUAACAUUGGGCUUACGAGAUUAAAGUAUCUUAACCUAUCUGGUAACAGCAUCAAUGAAAUUGACUUGAAUGCAUUUACUGCUCUCGAUGACCUCGCCGUCCUCGACUUGUCCAGAAAUCAUUUGUAUUACGUACUGGAAGAUACUUUUGCGAAUAGCAAAAGUUUGAAGAUACUGAGACUCGAUGAAAAUAAUUUUAAUUCUGAUAUACCACGGUUACGAUCAUCGUAUAUUAAG